UGCAGACAAAAUUCAAAGUGAUGAGAAUAAUACUGGAUUAUUAUUAAGUCAAAAAACAAAUUCAAGUUUAAGUCGAACUUCAAAUGCAGCAUCUGAUUUCGAAAAUGAUAUAGAGGUUUCACGGCAGCGAAAAAAACUUGAAAUAAUCACGUCUAAGCUUGCCAGUGCAUUGGAUCGUGCAAAUGUAAGUAGCAGAAAUGCUACUUACAUUGUAGCUGCUACUUUAAUCAGCGCGGGACUAGAUAUAAGUCAAUAUAAUUUGAGUCACUCAACCAUCCAUCGUCAGCGUGAAUUAGCGAGAAAAAGUACAAUGGCAAAUUUACAACAAAAUUUAAAAGUUGAUAAAUGCGUUUUACACUGGGAUGGGUAGAUAAUGCCUGACAUUGAAACGCGCCAAGACGUGGACAGAUUACCAAUCGUAUUAUCAGCUUUGGGACAAGAAAUACUACUUGGUGCUCUCAAAAUUGACUCUGGAACUGGGGAAAAUCAAGCCUCAGCAAUUAUUUCUGUCCUGAGUGAAUGGUCUAUCGCUAACAGUAUUACAGCAUUAUGUUUUGAUACUGCGGCUGUAAAUACAGGAAUUCACAGUGGUGAAUGUGUUCUCGUUGAACAAGCACUAAGAAGAGAGUUGACUUAUUUACCAUGCCGUCAUCACAUUAUUGAGCUAGUUUUAAGAUCCGCAUUUGAAACUUAUUGGCCUACAUCUUCAGGUCCAAAUGUUUCGAUUUUUACUCGGUUCAAAAACAAAUGGAGUGAUAUUGAUCAACAAAAAUAUACUACUGGGAUUUCAGACAGAGAAGUUCAAGAAGCCCUUGCAGAUAUAAAAGAUGAAAUCCUAAUACUUAUUGCUAAUUACUUACAAAUUUCGCAACCAAGAGGAGAUUAUAAGGAGCUUCUGGACUUAGCUCUGAUUUUUUUGGGAGCUUUGCCAUCUGACGGAGUAGUUUUAAAUAUCCUGGAGCUGUUCAUCAUGCAAGGUGGAUGGCAAAAGCGAUUUAUAAUUUAAAAAUAUUCAUGUUUAGAAAUCAGUUAAAGCUAACAAAGACCGAAAUUGUAGGAGUCCGUCAAAUUUGUAUUUUUGUGAUAAAAUUUCACAUAAAAGCGUGGUUUUCAGCAACGUCAGCGAUAACAGCGCCAAGUAAUGAUUUAAUGCUGAUAAAAAAUUUGCUUCUCGACAAAAAAAUUAAUUCAGCUGUUUCAAAAAAGACAUCUGAGAAAAUGGCUAAUCAUCUGUGGUACCUUUCUGAAGAAUUAGCAGCUUUGGCUUUAUUUGAUUCGAGAGUUUCACCGGAAAUAAAAAUUAGAAUGGUAACUGCUAUAAAGUCCCGAGAUAGUAGUAUAUUAAAUAAAAAGCGCUUCAUAAUCAAUAAGAAUAAGUUGAAUACGUUAUUAAUAAAAGAUCUAAGUCAUUUCGUUUCUAAAAGAUCAUUGGUAUUAUUUGAACGAUUUGGAUUGUCUACUGAGUUUCUUGAUGUCGACAUCACUUUAUGGGCUAGUCACAGAAGCUUUCAAGAAAAUAUUCAAUUUUUUAGUACAUUAAAAGUAGUGAAUGACGUUGCUGAGAGGAAUGUCGCAUUAAUUACUAAAUAUAAUCAGCAUUUAACUAACAGUGAAGAACAAUUUCAAGGUUUGCUACAAACGGUAAAAAAACAUAGAGAAGACUUUCCGAGCUGUUCUAAAAAAAACUUUAUGUAAAUUGUACUAUUGAAGGUAUAUUGACCAUAAAUUCGUAAUACAUCUGUAUUUUUUUAGCGCUGUUCAGUGAAAUUAGUCAGUAAUCAAUAAUUAAUAAAAACUUUUCAUCAAAAA